AUGUUUCCACACCUUGUACCGCUUGCAAGAGUCGCCCGACAGUGGAGGGAGUUGAAGGCCAUGAAAUGGUAUGGAUUUGGGCAUCAUUCUGACAACCUGAAUGCAGGUGAUCUCGCAUUAUUUGGCCCCGCUUGUCCUCAGCCAGGGAUCAAUGUAUCCUUGUCAGGGGAUGAAUCACUUGAUGAGUGGAAAUACACCCAGUCAUUUGUUAUGGAUGGAAAUUUCAAAGCCAAACACCUGCAUCCCAUCAAGCCAUUUGAUGAAGUUUGGCUCUGCAACAAUCACCAGGCAGUAAAUCAAGCAAAUGCGGCUCGGCACAAGCUGGAGUCCACGGGCAUUGGGGGAGUAGCCUGUGCUCAACAUGGUUGCUUUGUUCCUCACUCAAUGGUAGAUUUUCAGAAAGGCGAAAGGCAAGCCAACCCUGCCAUUCAACAUUCACAAGUUAACCAUGCAUCAUUCACAGACAAAUGA